GCAAGAUGGCGGCGUCCAUGCUGCUGGUGUUCCCCAACUCGUUGCUCCGACGACUGCAGCUCUUCACGGUCUUUCGUGCUUGAUCUUUUCGAUUCAUCGUCCGGCUUGGUCGUCCUGCUGCGGCAGCCGCUCCCAAACCGCCGUGCUGAAUCGUGGUGCAAAAGCAGGAUGGCGGCGGCUCGGGAAGCGGCCCUGCGGCUGCCGCCGCUGCCGACGGUGCGCGACCUGCUCCGCAUGUACCGUAUCCGCGCCAUGCGUCAACUGUCCCAGAACUUCCUCAUGGACCCCAAGUUGACGCGGAGGCUGGUCAAGGCGGCGGGCAAGAUCAGGGACCACCACGUGAUCGAAGUGGGGCCCGGACCCGGAUGCCUGACCAGGCCGCUGCUCGAGCUCGGGGCUCGCCAGGUGGUCGUCAUCGAGAAGGACCCGAGGUUUUUGCCGUCGCUCCAGUUGCUGGCAGAGGCUGCAGACAACCGGCUCAAGAUCAUCAUGGGGGACGUCUUCAACUACAGCAUGGAGGACCUGAUCCCUCAGGAGCUGGGCGUGCCGUGGGAGGGCCCCCCGCCCCCCGUUCACGUGCUGGGCAACCUGCCCUUCAGCGUGUCCACCCCGCUGCUGGUGCGGUGGCUGCGCAUGGCGUCCCAGCGGAAAGGCCCCUUCCUGCACGGGCGGGUGCCCCUCACCCUCACCUUCCAGAAGGAGGUGGCCGAGCGCAUCGUGGCCCCCGUCAUGCACGUCCAGCGCUGCCGCCUGUCCGUCAUGUGCCAGGCCUACUGCAGCGUCCAGCACCAGCUCACCCUCUCCGGCGGUUCAUUCUUCCCCAAGCCGGACGUGGACGUGGGCGUGGUGCGGCUGGUGCCCCUGGUGGAACCGGUCAUCCAGCAGCCCUUCGACCUGGUCGAGAAGGUCUGCAACUGCCUCUUCAACGGGCGCCAGAAGUACCUCAGCAACGGCCUCAAGAACCUGUUCCCCAGCGGCCAUCUGGACCUCGCAAAGGACCUGGUCAAGCUGGUCGAGAUUGAUCCGCAGACCAGGGUGGUGCAGUUGACGGUGGAAGAAGUGGGACGCAUCUGCCAGGUGUACGAACAUUUCUGCCUGGAGGACGCCAAGCUGUACGAGUACAACUUCCGCCUGGGCAGGUGGUAGGAAUAAAUGCCCGGGAGCUGGAUGUCUGCCCGUGCUGUACAAUCUGCAGUCACCAUCAGGUUUGACUCGCUGCUCGUGACUAGUUUAUAAUAUAAAUUUUUCACUCGGUGGUACAUACAGUGGUGUGAUUGCUGCGCCAGUUGCGCCAAACUGUGCCAAGAGGCUAACCCUGCUACAUCCUUUUUCGUUUGACUGAAAUAGUGAUAAUGUGUGGCAAGCCUGCACCAAACGCUCGUGUGCAUCGCCUUCUGAAACCGAAACUGCCGUAAUAUUACGAGACAUCAUCCAUCCCCUUGCCGCCUGAAAUUCGUAAAAGGGGAGGGGUGGGCUGUGUCUCGAUUCAAGCCCCUUUAUACUGAAAGUAGCGCCAAGCCCGAUUUCGCUCGAGAAUCUCUUGCUCUUUCCUCCUCUCCGCGAGUCUUUCUCUGUUUCAUUCCGAUGCUAUAGAGUAAGCUCUCACUUGAACGAACUUCAAUGGACCCAAGGAAAUAGUUCAUUUAACUGAAAGUUCACUAAACUGAAUAUAUUCGCUAAAGUAUGGAAGAGCAUAGGGCACAGCGUAGAUCCAGUCAAAAGUGUGAAAUACAAUUUAUGGGGUCAUGUACAUCGAUACAGUAAACUUUCGUUAAUUCGACCUCGAUGGGACCUUGAAAUUGGGUCGAAUUAUCCGAAUGAUGGAAUUAAAAAAAAUGAAAGCCGUUUACAACUCCCUGUAAUGCCGAAUUAGAGCGCAGCUCUCGAGGAGGAGGGAUGGGUACUAAAGGGGGGGGUCCACGUGACCUUGACAAUGACGAUCCGAUGACGUCAUCAGUAUGAUGACGUCAUCAAUGAUGAUGACGAUGACGAUGCGGAUGCCAAUGACGUCAUCAGUGAUGAUGACGACGAUGCGGAUGCCGAUGACAUCACCAUGUUGCAUGCAACCUGGACUGCAUGCAACAGGUUGCAUACAACUUGUUGUACGACAGUUGCAUGCAACGAGUUGCAUGCAACCCGUUGCACGCAACUUCUGAAGGAAUUUGAGGUUCUCCCGAGGUCCUCCCAGAGAAACCCGAGGUCUUCCCGAAGAAACCCGAAAUCCUCCCGAGGUCCUCCCGAAGGACCUCGGGUUCCUUCGGGACGACCUCGAGUUCUUUCGGGAGGACCUCGGGUCCCUUAGGAAAAAUUUACUCAUAAUGCAUCGCGCAGUUACGCCGACGGCGACGCCGCUCAAGCCGGGAACGGGCGCCUAAGAGCUGCGCUCUAAAAGCACAGAAAAGCGGUUAAAAUUAAACUUCCUUUUAUUGUCCAAAGUACUCACGGAUGAUCUGCUGCCGUCUGCACUUAAAACUCGCGCCCAAAAGCAUGCUCCGGAGCAGCGUAACUAAACGUCACAACCCAAAAAAACCGCGUUUUAAAAAGACAAAAAAAAGUAAGUUUUACAAGCCUAUUUUGGCACCAAACAACAAAACAGUCAAAAAAAAAAAAAAAAAAAAAUUUGCGCUUUUUGGCACGCAAGAGGGACCGCACACAAUGCUACAGAAAAGCGCUUUGAGAGUGUGCGCUGUCUCCGCGCUUGACAACGUGCUAUGUUCUCCGCGCGUCCUCCACGCGAGAUGGGUUGCGCUGGCUCGUGUCAUUCGCUACGGUCCAUCUCAACGGCGUAGAGGAGCAGGCGCUCAUUUGCGCACGUUCGGCUUUGCAGCAAAGGGCCCGUGUUUCGCCGUAGGUUGCUGGUUUUUCUGCCGUGGUGCCAUGCAAUGUGAGCCCAUGCGCAUUCGCUCGGGACGAAUGAUCCGAUGUGGAGUCUUCCCGAGUUCGAACUAUGGAACUUUUCUCCCCAUAGAAAUGUAUGGGCACUUGUCGGGACUUUUGAACACGAUCAAAUUAGACGAAAGUCGGAAUUAACCGAGGUCAAACUAACGAAAGUUUACUGUAUAUCCAAAGUGCAUAACAGUUACGUUGCUGCCUCCUCAUUUUGAAAAAAAUAAUCUGUAAUUUUCAUUUGCACCGGCACUCUUAAAGCCCAUGAAGUAAGAAAGCUGUCCAGAGAGUAUGUUUUUUUGCACUCCUUCUGGCACAGCUUGUUGCUGUGACGAAGCCAUGCCGCGACGGCAUCGUCCUCUGGCUCGAAAUAUCCCAUGCUGAGUCGUUUCCCGUUGGGAUUGAAUGCAGUUUCUCUUUCAAGCUUUGAAUUCUGCUUCACUAUCGUUGAUAAUGUUGACGGUGAAAUCCCAUAUUCCUUCGCAACGUCCACUUGCCUUUGACCGUUAUCCAGAUGCUGAAGGAUUUUGAGCUUGUCUGAUAGAGACCACCGCUUCCGUUUCGUCUUACUCAUUACGAAAGUGGGCGCACAAACUGCCGUCUUGCCUUUGUUACCCAAAACUAAGAUGGCCGAACGGAACCCAUUACAAAGAAAACACAGACACACUGCGUGGUUGUCUACCGCACCGCCGCUUUGCCUCGGCGGAGCUGUAAAUGCCAGCGUUGAUACGCCGCCGCUGCAGAGGCGGUGGAGCAACGGGCAUCGGCAACGCCAGCACUGCAGAGCACAAAACUUUGUUGGAUUGUAAAAAUAAUCCUGGGUCCGCAGAUCUAAUUCGUUGAACUGAAAUAUUCGCUAUUUCGAAAUUCAUUUAACUGAAACAUUUUCAGUUGACAGAAAACCAUCGGGGAUUUUUUUAAAAGUUUGUUAUUCUGAAAUAAUCGUUAAACUGACGCUUGCUGAAGUGAGAGUUUACUGUAUACUGUUUCACCUUAUGCUGUACUGCAGGAAAGGUUACGAGUGCAAGCUCCUUGCUCUAGGGUUGGCGGCACAAGCUCUCUUGGAUUAAGGCCAGCUGCCAACGCUAUGAGCUCGCACUUCUAGCCUUUGCUGUGGUGCAACAUAAGGUGAAACGGAGUAUAGCGCCUCCUAAGCUGCCCCUCCACCAAGUGUCGUGACAGGUGACUGCUGGCAAACCUUUGCUGGAUCGGUGUUUUCUGAGUGAUUUCGACUCGCAGCUUUCGUGUUUUCCUUUGGAUACCAGUUGCCGGUGUACUGACAUCUUGGCUACUGGGUAUAUAUGUCUUUCCAUUGCUUCACGUCUGGAGCAGGUGUGAAGCAAUGGCAUUUUGUCCAGCCUUCGGCUGCACGUCUGCUCGGAUUGUUCAGUUGGAUAUCAAUUGCAAACUUCCGCUUUAUAAACAUUCAUACAAUAAAAUGAACUGUGACACAGA